AUGCACAGUCAGAAUCGCCAAGCCAAGAAAAUGAACCAUGAGGCAUUGCCUUCACAUGCUAGUCAGAGCAGCAGCAGUAGCAGCCAUCAUACUACGGCGUCUACUGUCUCUCCGCAGUCAUCGCAGUCGUCUGCUGCCUCAGUCCCGAUGAGGUCAAUGUUUCCCCAGUUUGAUCCGAAACUGCCUUUCAAUCAGCAAGUGUAUCAUCCACAGCUUCCAGAUGUCCCACGGCCCGUCAAGUCUUCUCGGAAACCUCCCAAGCUUACCCUGACGACGAAUACUGAGAUUGACAAUGUUCUCGGGCCGAAGACUGUACCUGCGAGUGUGCUCAACUUCCCAUCUGAGGCUUUGGAGUCCGAGGAGGUUACCUACUCAUCUAUGGAGGAACUAAAGAUGCUAUGGGAAGCAGCCAAUGGCCAGGGAAUGCGAGAUGUUGUUGGAACAUUGAACCUACGCAUGACAAAAACAGGACCCGCUACAUUUACCCUUGGAAACUCCCAGAACCCAUUCUACACACUACAAACAUAUUCAACCAACGAACUAUCCCUAAGCAGAUGUGAUCCUUCCAGACCAAACCACGACGUACCAAUCAUGAUGAUGAGCCUCGAAGACCGCAUCCGCCGCGAGCAUCCAAACGACGGACUCGUCACCCUCCUCUUCUCUCGACUAGCAGCCAUGUUAGCCAUAGACCAAGCCGACGAGAUCAGCAAACAACACCAUCUAACUCGCGCCGAAACAACGGAAGUAGAAACCGAUGCACUCAAACGAGCCGCAGCACAAGAGUCCUGUCGCCUCUCCUGGAACCGCCAUCGACGACUAUACGAGCUACGACACCCCUAUCUCUCAAGACAGAACCCGGCCGCUCUUGUUGGCGCCACCGGAAUCCCGCUCUCACCCGUGCGAUCCCAGUCUUCGGGGAUGGUGCACAUCACCGUCUCCGCACCGUCAAGCGACGCCUCUCCUCGCCAACCCCCGACCAUCAUCGUAACUGGCCCCGUCUCUUCAACGGCCGUGGAAGCCUCUCAGCAAGCUGCUAAUGCACGCACAUCCGUACUCCCCGUCACAGACCUUGACGAGCCACUCGCAUCCUUGGAUUUCGCCACGAAAACAUUGUCGAUUUCCCCGGCUGCUGUAAUCGCUACUAUCCCCUCUCUAUACGCCAUCGACUCUCUCGUCGCUGCGAUGUUAGCAGUCGCGGUCUCAGACGAAGCCACGAACCCCAUCCUUGCAGACAUGGUUCUCGGAUCCCCGAAGUCGUCUAGACCACCGACCUCCCACACUCUCGGACCCUAUUCACUGCCCGUCGUCCAGGGUAAACUGAUUACGACGGUUGCUGAGCGCGAAGACGCAGCAGAGAGCAUGAACCUGGCAUCACAGAUUAAAUCUGCGCAGAAGAAGUCCAAAGAGGCCUCGGGAAAGAAAAGUGGAUUCAAAUUCUGGAACAAGUCAUCUCCCAGACCGCAGGAAAGUAGUCGGAGCACGAAGAAGAAUAAGAACAAGCAGAUUGUGGUUGAGGAGUUUGAUUUGGAGAAGUAUGGUCGAUAUGGGAAGAGUUCGUCGCGAGAGGGGAAGAAGUUGCCUGGAAUUACUCGCACUAUCUUGCGUAUACUGUUCUUUGGCUUGGAUAUGAUUGUGAAGGGGUUGACGGUAAUUGUGAAGAUAUUGGCUUGGGUAUUGGUCAAUUCAACGCGGUGUGUGACCAGUGAGAAGUUCUGA